GUACCUCAUUGUGUUGAAAGAGAGGGGAAUAGAGUAUAAAGAGAGAGACAUAUCAGGGGCGAAGCUUUGUACCUAGUUCAGUUUUCUCAUUCUUCCUCUCUCUUCCAGCCCCUUUUCUCUCUUUUCCAUCUGCGUUUCUCUCUUUUCCAUCCGCGUAUCUCUCUCCAUUUUGCUUACAAGUUACAACAUUCCUCUCUGUCAGAUUACGGAUCACGAAUCUCCUCUGCUCGCUGAGGGUAUGUGGCCGCCUCUGCCUGACUGCCUCCGUGGCGGUGGCUGUUCGUCGCUCUUGCCUCUCUGUUCACCUCUCUAUUUUAGACACUACUGGAAUCUAAGACGAGAGUAACACGACAAAGGGAUAGUGAGAGUGACAGGAAUGAGAUCUGUUUAUUGUUAUUGAAACUGAAGAAAGGAAAAGAAGUGUGAAGUGAAUGUCCAAUUCAUACUUACUCGGAGUAAAGUGUAGAUCUGCUCCUAGAAAGGAAGUGUGUGUUGUGUGAUAUUAUUAUAAUUUAUAAUAAGAAUACAAAUGGAGUACAGGAAAAUCAAAGACGAGGAUAUAGAUAGGGAUGUGGAGGUUGAGGACGUUGAGAAAUCAUUUUUGCUUACAGGUGCCGCUGUCCCUUUGGCCUCUUCCGUGGGAGACAGUCACAGGACGAAAGCACAGUGGAAGCGCAAGUCAGUGGUUACAUGUGCACUGACUAUUCUUACAAGUUCGCAAGCCAUUCUAAUCGUUUGGUCCAAGAGAGCUGGCAAAUAUGAGUAUAGUGUCACUACUGCUAACUUUUUGGUCGAGACCUUAAAAUGUGCUAUAUCCCUGCUCGCCUUGGCAAGAAUAUGGAGGACAGAAGGCGUCACCGAGGAUAACAGAUUAACUACAACAUUAGACGAAGUUAUAGUGUAUCCUAUCCCAGCAGCACUUUACCUUGUCAAAAAUUUGCUUCAGUAUUACAUAUUUGCAUACGUAGAUGCUCCAGGCUAUCAGAUAUUAAAGAACUUCAAUAUUAUCAGUACAGGUGUGCUCUACAGAAUUAUACUUAAGAGAAGGUUAAGUGAGAUUCAGUGGGCUGCUUUUGUUCUACUAACUGCUGGGUGCACUACAGCUCAGUUGAAUUCAAAUUCUGAUCACGUUCUUCAAACUCCCGUUCAAGGUUGGGUGAUGGCAAUCGUCAUGGCUCUCUUAAGUGGUUUUGCAGGAGUAUAUACUGAGGCAAUUAUCAAAAAGCGUCCUUCACGGAACAUAAAUGUUCAAAACUUCUGGUUGUAUGUCUUUGGGAUGGGCUUCAAUGCUGUUGCAAUAUUGGUUCAAGAUUUUGAUGCAGUGAUGAACAAGGGAUUUUUUCAUGGAUAUUCAUUCAUUACCUUUCUCAUGAUUUUCAACCAUGCUCUCAGUGGAAUUGCUGUAUCAAUGGUAAUGAAGUAUGCUGACAACAUUGUGAAGGUGUAUUCUACUUCAGUGGCAAUGCUUCUUACAGCAGUUGUUUCUGUAUUCCUUUUUGGCUUCCAUCUCUCCCUAGCCUUCUUCCUUGGAACAAUUGUUGUCUCUGUUGCAAUUUAUCUUCACUCUGCUGGGAAGAUGCAAAGAUGACUAUGACUUCUGCCCUCUAUUUUUCGGACACUAGAUUUUUUUUUUAUCCAUUGUUGAUUAGGCUAAUUUCAAAUGUUAUUUUGAAACUAUUAGUUAUGUCAGUGUAUACUUUGAAAUCCAUAUUCGGUGUAUCUCAACAAUGAUGGAACCUGGUUCUUGAAAGGUGAUAUGCAGUCCCCACUAGAAGCUCUUACCAGAGCUUAUUCAUUGCCUUUAAAACGAAAUAAACCCCCUUCUCCCAUAUAUUUUUGUUAAAAAGGUUUAAGCUAUGCUAUUAUUAAGCAAUAUGCUUCUGCGUGUGUGACUGUGUAUUUAUAUAUUGUUUCCAUUAACAAUCAACGACAUUUAGUAUUGAAUGUUU